AUGGACACGUCGUACCCCCGCGAGGACCCCCGGGCCCCGACGCCCCGCAAGGCCGACGGCACCGCCCACACGGCCCUCACGCUGGGGGCGCCGCGACCCCCACCUCGAGACCACUUGAUCUGGUCGGUGUUCAGCACCCUCUACCUGAACCCGUGCUGCCUCGGCUUCCUGGCGCUGGCCUACUCCAUCAAGGCCCGAGACCAGAAGGUAACCGGAGAUCUGGAAGCAGCCCGGCGGCUCGGCUCCAAAGCCAAGUGCUACAACAUCCUGGCCGCGGUGUGGGCUCUGGUGCCGCCUCUGCUGCUGCUGGCGCUGGUGGUGACCGGCGCCCUGCACCUGUCCCGGCUGGCCAAGGGCUCCGCCGCCUUCUUCAGCACCAAGUUCGACGACUCAGACUAUGACUGA